UUAACUAUGGAUCCCCAUAACAGUGCCCAGGAUGUACACCGAUGUGACCUUUGUGAGACCGCCAUAGUACACAGCUACUGUGACUUUUGCCAUGUCAACCUAUGCAUACCAUGUAUAGGCAAACACAUCUCAGAUGGCUACGACAAACAUAAAAUUGUCCCUUUCCAGGAACGAAGAUCAACCCUCAUUUAUCCGAAAUGUGAAACACAUCCACAAAAAACGUGCGAAUUGCAGUGCAAAGAUUGUAAUAACAUUUCGAUUUGUUCCUUUUGUACUGCAUCUGAACAACACAGGGGGCAUAUUUUCGUACAAAUAUCAACUGUGUACAAGGCACAGAAAGAAACUAUUGAAAAGGAUACAGAAGAGUUAGUAAACACUUUAUCUCCUACAUAUGAAGAAAUUGCACGCGACUUGGAAAAUCAGCUUGCCAACCUGGAUGGAGGAUAUGAGAAACUUACAUCAGCAAUGUCCAAACAAGGAGAGCAAUGGCACAGAGAAAUUGACAUCAUUAUCAACAAAAUGAAAACUGAAAUAAGCGAGAUUAAAGUAAAGCACAGAGACGUUUUAAAGAAACACUUGGAUGAAAUCAAACAGACACAGUCCCUCAUAAAGCAAACGCUACGUGCCAUAAACGAAAUAGAGAAAUCUACCGAAGUAUCUCCAACCAUUGCGUACAGUUCUAAAAUCAGAGAGUUCAGCACGCUUCCACCCAAGAUUCAGGUAUCACUACCAACAUUCAUUCCAAAACCAAUAGACCGUGAGAAGCUGUAUAGUUUGUUUGGACAGAUCACCCAAUUAUCUACUGCUACAGAGAAAAAUGUCUUGUCACUACACCAACCCAAAACUUCAGUCAGAGAACUACUGGAUGAACCAGAGAUUGUUACCACAAUACAGACUGGGCAUGAAUAUCUACGCAGUGUUGCCUGUCUAAAUGAUGGUAGUAUAUGGACGAGCGGAAAGACCAAUGAUAUCAAAUGCUUCAACAGUAAGGGGUCACUCUUCCAGACAGUCAAGCAAAAAUCAGGUAAUUUCCCCAAUGAUAUAGCUGUAGACAGUGAUGGGGAUCUACUGUACAUUAGUGGGACAACAGGGACAGUAAAUAAAGUAAAGAAUGGGCAGACAGAAGAGAUGAUCAGAUUACUGGAGUGGACGCCUAGUAAACUGUGUGUCACCUCUACUGGUGAUCUCCUGGUUACCAUGUUCAGUGAUAAUGAAACGCAAUCCAAAGUUGUCCGUUACUCGGGAUCUACAGAGAAACAAACCAUUCAAUUUGAUGAUAAAGGUACACCUCUGUACUCAGGGAAUGGUAAGAUUAAAUACAUCACAGAGAACAGAAACCAUGAUAUCUGUGUAGCUGACUGGAAGGCUGGUGAAGUAGUGGUAGUUAAUCAGGACGGGAAACUCAGAUGGAGAUACACCGGUCAUCUCUCAGUUACCAAGAACCAACCAUUUAUACCUUGUGGUAUCACAACAGACAGUCAGAGUCGUAUCCUGACAGCAGACGGUUACAACCAUUGUAUCCACAUUCUAGAUCAGAAUGGACAGUUUCUCCGUUACAUUGAUAACUGUGAUCUGAUGUAUCCUUAUGGUUUAUGUGUGGACAAUAAUGACAAUCUGUUUGUGUGCGAAUUAACUAUGGAUCCCCAUAACAGUGCCCAGGAUGUGCACCGAUGUGACCUUUGUGAGACCGCCAUAGUACACAGCUACUGUGACUUUUGUCAUGUCAACCUCUGCAAGCCCUGUGUAGUAGAUCACAUCUCAGAUGGAUAUGACAAACAUAAAAUAGUCCCUUUCAAGGAACGAAGAUCAACCCUCAUUUAUCCGAAAUGUGAAACACAUCCACAAAAAAUGUGCGAAUUGCAGUGCAAAGAUUGUAAUAACAUUUCGAUUUGUUCCUUUUGUACUGCAUCAGAACAACACAGGGGGCAUACUUUCGUACAAAUAUCAAAUGUGUACAAGGCACAGAAAAAAACUAUUGAAAAGGAUACAGAAGAGUUAGUAAACACUUUAUCUCCUACAUAUGAAGAAAUUGCACGCGACUUGGAAAAUCAGCUUGCCAACCUGGAUGGAGGAUAUGAGAAACUUACAUCAGCAAUGUCCAAACAAGGAGAGCAAUGGCACAGAGAAAUUGACUUCAUCAUCAACAAAACAAAAACUGAAAUAAGCGAGAUUAAAGUAAAACACAGAGACAUUUUACAGAAACACUUGAAUGAAAUAAAACAGAUACAGUCCCUCAUAAAGCAAUCGCUACGUGCCAUACACGAAAUAGAGAAAUCUACCGAAGUAUCUCUAACCAUUGCGUACAGUUCUAAAAUCAGAGAAUUCAGCAAGCUUCCACCCAAGAUUCAGGUAUCAAUGCCAACGUUCAUUCCAAAACCAAUAGACCGUGAGAAGCUGUACAGUUUGUUUGGACAGAUCAUGCCAUUAUCUACUGCUGCAGAGGGAAAGGUCUUGUCACUACACCAACCCAAAACUUCAGUCAGAGAACUACUGGAUAAACCGAAGCGUGUUGCCACAAUACAGACUGGGCAUGAAAGACUACGCAAUGUGACCUGUCUAAAUGAUGGUAGCAUAUGGACGAGCGGAAUGACCAAUGAUAUCAAAUGCUUCAACAGUAAGGGGUCACUCCUCCAGACAGUCAAACAAAAAUCAGGUAAAUACCCCAAUGCUAUAGCUGUAUACAGUGAUGAGGAUCUACUGUAUACUAGUGGGGCAACAAAGACAGUGUAUAAAGUAAAGAGUGACCAGACAGAAGAGUUGAUCAGAUUACAGGGAUGGACGCCUGGUAAACUGUGUGUCACCUCUACUGGUGAUCUCCUGGUUACCAUGUUCAGUAAAGAUGGAACUCAAUCCAAAGUUGUCCGUUACUCGGGAUCUACAGAGAAACAAACAAUUCAAUUUGAAGAUGAAGGUAAACCUCUGUACUCAGGGAAUAGUGCUUUUAAAUACAUCACUGAGAACAGAAAUCAUGACAUCUGUGUAGCUGACUGUGAGGCUGGUGCAGUAGUGGUGGUUAAUCAGGACGGCAAACUCAGAUGGAGAUACACCAGCCAUCCCUCAGUUACCAAGAAUGAACCAUUCGUACCCUGGGGUAUCACAACAGACAGCCAGAGUCAUGUACUGACAGCAGACAUUGACAACCACUGUAUCCAUAUAGUGGAUCAGAAUGGACAGUUUCUCCGUUACAUUGAUAACUGUGAUCUGAAGUAUCCUACUGGUUUAUGUGUGGACAAUAAUGACAAUUUGUUUGUGUGUGAGUUAAACGAAGGCAAUGUAAAGAAAAUCAAAUAUUUGAAAUAGACACUGUCGUUUGUGACAAUGAUAUCAGUUAAAACGUGCUUAACAUUUUGGUUCUUUUAACUAUUCAGUAACAUACAGCAUAUGUUUUAUGAUACUUACAUUAACAAGUUUGAUCAUACCUUAUCAAUUAAUAAAAUGUGGUAGUUGGU